CCAGGAGGCAGUCUCUGUUUGUAGGGGGAAGAAGGAGGGGAAUUUGAGGCUAGACGCCUAUUGCUGUCUCUGCUCAGACCAGUCACACCGUUCAGCCCAUUCUCUGACUGUGAUGGAGAUGACACCAGAUGGAGGAGCCUUAAAAAUUUCUCAGGUCCUGAGGAACCCACUGAAAACCCUGGUGCCUGUCAAUGCCAGCAGGAACAGAGUGGUGGACAAGCAGAUGGAGGUCCUUGUCUUCUCCUGGAGGCGACGACAGAAUGGGAGGGCCCUGCUGCCCCCCAUGACCCACCCAGGCCAUGCCACCAAACCAUCCAGUGGUCCUCCCUGCAGCUCAGAGCCCCUGCCUUGGCUGAACAUGGGCUCCAAUUCCCUGAUGCCCUUCUACACUGUGGUGAAGCCCACCUGCGGCUACCGCUUCUCCAGGGAGGUAGACCACAAGCGCCGGCACAUCGGCAUCCCUGCCAGCAACCCAGUCAUGUGGAGGAGCUGCUAGGCAUGGUCUCACAAUAAACAUGAAGUAGCCUAAAGCUGCCCUGAAUUGACUAAAUUGUGUCAGAACGUUUCCCAGCUUGCCAAAUUAGUAUUUAAAUGAAAACCUACUGAAAUUCAAAGUUUGUAUCAUGAGUGAUAGGAAUAUGAAUUGUUUCUUAUGACUGACAUUAAAAUGUAGCACACAAGACCUUAUACAACCCCUUGAUGCUCUGUCAUAGUGGACAGUGUGUGUAAACAGAUCUCAUUGGCAGUUCCCACAUGCCCCUUCCCAAAGGGUAUUUAUAAAGACCUAAAGGCUUAGUACUAACACUGAGACCAAAACACCAGCAAACCGCAUUACCUAGUCCUAAAGUCUCUGUUUUGUGUCUGUCUAUUGCUCAUUGAUUGAUAAGCAAGUGGAUUAGCGAGGGGUUAGUUACUUUGUCAAAGACGCACAAAGUUCUGAUUGGCUGAUAAGGAGCUCUCAGCAUCCCUCUCAUUGCAAAACAUUGUUUGACUGUAAACUUUCGCUGGAUGUGUUCACACACAGAAGUUCUGUAUUGUGGAAUUAUUGUAUUUGCAGUGUUUUUCUUUUCUCAUCUUUUAUUUAGAUAAUUGUAUAGUAAAUAGUUUGCAGGCAGUAAAAUGAUGGGGAAUAACAGUGGUGUCUCUAUUGAAGGACUUGGAACCUGUGAGUAUCAUCAGUGGUACAGGAAAUUCAUAACGGAAUGCCCAUCUGGACAGCUCACCUUUUGCGAAUUCAAACAGUUAUUCGGCCUGAAAAACCUAUCUGAAGCUUCUAAGGCCUACAUCAUGUGCAUGUUUGAAAUGUUUGAUAUGAAUGACAUAAUAGUACUUUUUUCUCAAUCACUAAUGUUCAUAGUUUAUACAAUGCCUAUAGAACAUCUACACCACCCUUGGUCCAUCCAUGUCAUCAAUGAAGUAAACUAUGAGAUGUCAUCCGAGGACCUUACCAACAUGAUGUUUGACAAGAUUGAUAUCAAUGGUGAUGGUGAGCUGUCCCUGGAGGAGUUCAUGGAGGGCAUCCAGAAUGAUGGAAAGCUGCUGGAGACACUGACCGAGAGUCUGGACCUCAUACACCAUCAGCAAGAUCCAGGUCGAGAUGAACCCCUAUUGUUGCAGCACAAAAAGAUUUUAUGAGGAGUACGAGAGCGCCAAAGUGCAAGCGAGAGAGAGCGCCAGUACGCAGGACAGACUGCCCUCGCAGAAC